GCUCACCGCAUCUAUCGUUAACAACCAAAUCCGAACGACGCUGAACAACCAGACAUUGACACGCUCCAGAGCCAGCAGUCAUCAUGGUUGCUGAGACGAAGCUCUACGAUUCUCUAAACAUAUCUCCAUCCGCCUCUCAGGAUGAGAUCAAGAAAGCAUACAAGAAAGCAGCAUUGAAGUGGCAUCCAGACAAGAACCCAGAUAACCCUUCAGCAGCUGAAAAGUUCAAAGACGUCUCCCAGGCUUACGAAGUGCUCUCAGACCCCGAAAAACGCAAAGUCUACGAUCAAUAUGGGUUAGAAUUCCUCCUUCGUGGCGGGAACCCAGAACCUCCACCGAAUGCCGGGGGUGAGGGCAUGCCGUUCGGCGCAGGUGGCAUGCCCGGUGGCUACCAAGGAUUCUCGAGCAUGCCAGGCGCAGGUGGCGCCCGAACCUUCCACUUCUCGACCGGAGGCGGUCCAUCAGGAUUCUCGUUCAGUUCGCCCGACGACAUCUUCUCCAGCUUUGCCCGAUCCGGCGGCGCUGGUGACGAUGACCUCUUCUCCUUCCUGUCAGGAGGCGGUGGCAGCCGUGGCUUCGGAGGUGGAGGUGGAGGCGGACCACGGUACCGACGAGAAGCAAGGAGGCCUCCGACGCCUGAAGUUACGACUGUCGAAAGACAGCUCCCCCUCUCUCUGGAGGAGUUGUUCCAUGGCGUGCACAAGAAGAUGAAGAUCAAACGGAAGACGUUCGACGAAAGGACGGGGAAGAGAAGCAUGGAGGACAAGAUUUUGGAAUUCGAUGUCAAGCGAGGCCUCAAGGCUGGAAGUAAGAUCAAGUUCAAGGGCGUUGGUGACCAAGAAGAAGGCGGAACUCAAGAUCUACACUUUAUCGUCGCCGAGAAAGAACAUCCACACCUGAAGCGCGUCGGGGACAACCUGAUAACCACCACCGAAAUAAGCCUCAAGGAAGCGCUGACCGGCUGGUCUCGCACAGUCAACACCAUCGACGGGAGACAGUUGCGUGUCAGCGGAGCCGGGCCAACACCACCCGGAUUCGAAGAGACCUUCCCUUCCCAAGGCAUGCCAAAGCCGAAACAGCCAAACUCUCGAGGCGACUUCAUCGUCAAAGUGGACGUUAAGUUCCCCACAUCUCUGACCCAGGCCCAGAAGGCGAAACUGGCACAGAUUCUCUAA